UGUUCAAAUGAACUACUUUAGUGUGCCGAAAAUGUUUUUUAAAUAUUUAAUUUUCUUAUUAUUCAACAUUUUUAUAUUAUUUUCUAAACGGAAUUGUGAAAACUUUGAUGAGGAUAUGGUACAUCUACACCUAUUUGGACAAAUUGAAAAUAUAAAAAGAUCUUUAGAAAUUGUAAACAGCCGUUUGGAUAUGUUAAGUGACAGGACCACUUUUGAAAAGGAGACAAUAGAAAAGCCUCAGAAAUUGUCCACAUCGAUAUUUGAUAUACGUUUAGAUUCCCUACCCAAAGAUUGUAUCGCAAUUACCCAACCUAGCACUUGUGCCGAAGCCACUAAAUGCACCCGUACUAGUGGCAUCUAUAAUAUAACCGAUUAUCGCUUUAGUAAUAAAACAUUUACCGUUUAUUGUGAUUACGAUAGUUAUGAAGGCGAUUGGUUAUAUAUUUUAACACGCAAUGAUGGUACCGAAAAUUUCAACCGUCCUUGGACAGAUUAUGUUCAAGGGUUUGGUAAUGUAGCGGGAGAAUUUUGGCUCGGCUUGGAUAAACUCUAUGCCCUAACAAACUACUAUGGCCCCCAGGAGCUAAAUGUGCAUAUAGAAAAUUUUGAUGGAACCGCAAAAUUUGCACGUUAUGAUAAUUUCGUUAUAGGAAAUGUCACAGAGAGAUAUAAAUUAAAAUCAUUGGGACGCUAUUCUGGGGCAGCUGGUGAUAGUUUGUCAAGACAGCUAGGUCGUGCUUUUACCACAUACGAUAUUGAUGCUAAACUUUGGCCCACAGAAUGUGCUAAAUAUCGUAAGGGAGGAUAUUGGUAUGCAGAUUGUUCGGAUGCAAAUCCUACUGGUCAGUAUUUGCGUGCAAAUUAUACUAGUGAUUAUAAUGGUUGUUUUUGGACUGCACCUGGUAAACUUUUAUAUUCGGUAAAAACUUUUAUAUUCAUGAUUCGUCGGAAGAAAGACAUAAAAUUGGAACAAUAAAUUUAAGUAAUUAUUAACUUUCAACAAUAAAAACCUUAGGUACUUCAAGA